AUGACAAAUCCAAAGGCGAAUAAUGGAGCUAAGGGAAUGCAACUUGAGAUAGCGGAAACUUUGGUCGGAGCCGGGUAUAUGUUUCCUAAGAAAGCUUCUCAUGGGAUGACAAGUCCAAAGGCGAAUAAUGGAGCUAAGGAAAUGCAACUUGAGAUAGCGGAAACUUCGGUCGGAGCCGGGUAUAUGUUUCCUAAUGAGUAUGCACCGUACUGCAGUAAGUGGGGCUGGUGUGUAUGGACGAGCCUGUACGGGGACAAGGGGCCACCACAGUCCUACGGGGCAGAGGAGGAUGGAGAGAGGGGACAGUGCAGAGAUGACAGUGAUUGUACAAGAUGGGCAUCUGUUUGCAGUCCUCUAGGUUUUUGUAGAUCUGGAUUUUGGGACGGGAGUUUUGGAAGUCCUUCUAAUCCCAGGCCAGGACAGGAGCCGAGUGAAUGGAUAAAGGAAAAGAGGAUUUCUGAUAAAAAUUUAACUUUCAAAGAGUCUAAAUUAAUGACCGUCAUAAUGAAUCAGGGGGGAAAUGUCCCAAAAUAUUUAAAAAAGAAAUGUAUUGUCGGAAGCUUGAAACUUUUGAAAAAGGUUCAGUUUAGCUGCAAUAAUCUAACUUAG